UUUGACAAUAAAUAAUAUUUCAGACUAAUGUAUCUGGCAAGAUGUGUGGGAAUUACUAACAUACGAAGGAUGUUUAAAUGACUUUAUUGUUUUUCGAAGUAUUCUCCACGAAGAUUAAUACACAUCUGCAUGCGCUCGAACCAAUUUUCGAAGCACUUAUUCCACUCGUUUGCUGGCAGAUCCAAAACGGCAUUUUUGAAUGCGUCAACUGCUUCUUCUGGUGACUGGAACCUUUCACCACGCAGUCUGUUUUUAAUUUUCGGGAAAGUAAAGAAAUCGUUAGGACUUAGAUCGGGACUAUAUAGAGGAUGGUCCAAUAAUUCCACGUUUUCUUCCGUUAAAUACUGCCUUGUUUUUUAGGCUGUGUGCGAGCUUGCAUUGUCUUGGUGGA